GCUGGUUUGUUCAAAUACACUUAGCGAUAGCGUGCGUCUAAUAAUAGAUAGAUAUGGUUUAGUGCGAAAUGCGUAGCGGGCGCCAUGUUGUGUUAAUAUAUAACCGAAAUAUAACAUUAGAUUUCGGCGUAUUGGAUACAUACGCUAGAAUGGCUCAAUCCGACAAUACAAAAUCUAACAUCUUAGCGUACGUUCACAUGCAUGUGGUGCGUAGGGUGUUAAGAAGACUGUUGGAAUAUUGUGUUUACCAAGAGGAUAAUACAUGGACCGUUGACAGGUUUCUGUUUCAAAAUAUGCAUAGAAUUCUUGAGACAAGAAUUGGACGCGAAACCAGGCAGGUUCUGUUUCCAGGUUAUCGAGAAGACACCAAUGUCGCAAGCUGGCCUCUAAUUUUGUUCCCUUUUUUAAUCACUGAGAUAAGUGGCACAUCACUUUCGUCGGAAAUAGUGGAUAUUAUCCGACAACUGACGGAUCUUCGUCAUACGUUACACGGACGGAUUUUUUCGGGAAUAAGUGACCAGUUUUUCCAUGAACAUUUAAAUGAUAUCGAAGCUCGUCUGACGAAUAUUUGCGUUCUAUUAAAUGAUGAUGAACUUACGAGGCAGACACUUAGCGAUCUGCGGACCGAGGAGGUGCGAGAAGAUUAUAUCGACGAUUUCAAAAACAAUUACAAACAGGCGAAAUCUUAUAGAGAACAAAUGACUUCGCUUAGGCCAGAGCAACUAAGACUUCACCAGCAGUUGGAAAAAGUUGUAAAUUUACGGGAAGAGCGAGAGCGAGAACGUGGUGCAUCAGGAAAAUGUUUACCGCCCCAGCCAUACGACCAAUGUACAGUAGAUUUGAGAAGUCUUGUGAUCGAGUUGCACCUGAUUCCUGAAUUUCCGGAGCAAAGUCGACAGAUAGCUAAUGACAUUGCGAACAUUAUUAACAACAAGGAUACAGAACUGAAAAAUAAAGAGUUGAUACAAAAUAAAGAAGCCAUCCGAGCCGCAUCGGAUAGAGCAUUUAGUGGCUUUGGUGAAUACUACGCUCAACUAGGCUGUAUCGAGAUUCACGUUCGGCUCAACAGUAUCCAAAGUUUGAUCCAACUCAUCUCAAAGUGUGUCUCUGGGUCAAUAACCGAUACGUUGAAACCAAUUCUUGACAUAGUGCGCACAAUCCCUGGAUGCGAAACGUACGAACUGCACGCUGUUCUAUACAAGGAUGCGUAUAACCACGUCAUGGAUGGCAUAGCGUCACAGGUGCUUAGAGAGCUCGAGAAUAGAUGCCUUGAGGAAGAACCGAAGAAAAAGGUGAAAAAAGUAUCAGCAACCGAUCGCGGAUCACUACUGCUGAGGGUCGGAUAUCCGAGUGUAGAGGAAAAGGAAGCGAUUGAACUAGCUGUGAAAAACGGGGAACUUUAUGCAAUAUUCAAUGAACUCGAAAAUGAAUUGAAAACGAUAUGUUCUGACAAGAAACUGCGUUUGCAGACAUCGGUUUUUGAAGAUAGCAUUCCCCAAACAGAUACUGAACACGCUCCAGAACCUAGCGCUGAUGACGUGAGGAAGGUUGUAGUAAGCCAAAAGCCAUCAACAUCACCAAAGAAAAGGGAGUUACAAGUUGUUAAAAGUCUAGACAUAAGAGCUGGAAACGAUUCAGAAGAUCCUAACAUUACCGGAUGUUCAAUUGUAUCUCUUAAACGACUCGCUGUGGCAGAUCGUGCUAACAGAUGCAUCAAGUUAGUGGAUACAGAAGCUGGUAAAUGCUCUGGACAGUCGUUGACAUUGCCAUAUGCCCCGUGGGAUGUGAUAAACAUAGACGAGAACACCGCGAUAGCAUCCGCGCCAUCUGCUGGAAAAUUACUGCGUCUGAAAAUAGGAGCUGAUAAAAUAGAAUUAACUCACGAGUAUGAGUACCAUGAUUCCUGUCGCGGAUUGGCAUAUUCUUCCGGGCGAUUGUAUGUCACAUACGGACGUCCUUAUGCAAAGAUCAAUCUCUUUAACAUAUUUGACGCAUCGGUACAGCAAACAAUACAUCAUGGAAUGAUGCAUGACCCUUGGUAUAUCACUGUUGAUAACGCAAAUAAAUCAAUGUACGUAUCAGAAACGGAAAACCCCACAAUCCUGCACUUAAGCAGUGAAGGAAGAGCUUUGAAAUGUAUUGAUUUUAGUGGAAUUGGUGAAGAACCGUUGGGAGUUAUUUUGAAGGAUAGUUCCAAGUUGUGGGUUUGCUGCUACAGCUGUGACAAAACACAAUCUCUUCUUGAGAUCGAUGUUGAAAGUGGAGAAAGUGAGAUCCUUUUUAAAGACGAAGGCAAAUACCCAAGUGUCAUACAGAUCCACCGACGUUCGGGAAACAUAUUUUUGAACUCAAAGGGAUCAUCUUGUAUGAUACAGUGUACAAUGAAUGCAAUUUAAACAUUUGUAAAUGCUUCAAUGAGUUUGAACGUGUGAUCUAUUCGCCUCAGAUGUUUUCCCAGAUGUGCAUGUACAUUUAUUAAUUAGUCGCAAUAUUGGAAGUUCUUAUAUGAAAUUGUAUGUUUUAACAUAUAUUGGGGACAAUGUGUCAACAUGUUGAUUCAUACGCCCACAUAGCGCAGGAAAUACGGUCACUGAAACCGCUUUGUUGUAAUGUCACGCAAAUUUUUUAACUGGUCAUCGUAUUGUUUCGAUUUAAUUUAUUGAAGUUAUCGAGUGAAAACAACUAUCUUUGAUGUUUGAUGCAGUCGUUUAGUCGUGAACAGUAUGCACAUAUAUGUUUUAUCUUAUUAUUGUUUGUGCUCCGAAUGUUUUUUUAUUUAUUUUUUUUGUUUUGUUUUUCAGUUUACUACAAGGAAUUUUCAUUUCAAUGAAAAUUAACAAUAAAGAAAUUAUCUUAAAGUAUUGUUCAACAAUACAUUUUAUUAUUACACUAUUGACAUCAA